ACUAUUUAUUGACGUUACCUCCAAAGAAACAAUAAGAAAAAAAUCAAUAAUAAUCAUUAACUAUUUACAAUACAUUACAAAUGGAAAUAACUGUAAACUCUUUAUAGAGAGUUUUUCAGAACUAGCUUUAUUGGAUACAUCAAUCAGUUUACACUUAAUACCCCACCCUUGUUUAAAAUAUAAAAAAAUAGUUGAUAAUAAGGAAAUUUUUGAUCAAGAAGAUUACAAAACAUCUACAAAAGCAGAUUAUUUAAAAAGAAAGAAUAUUGAUGACAUUUUAAAUAAUAUUAACAAUAAAAAGAAAAUUAAAACAACCAAUGAUGAUAUGGAAAAAAUAGAUAAUAAUUGUAAUAAUAAUAUUAGUAACAAUAAUGACAAAAAUAACAGCACUAUCGAAAUAAUCAAAGAAACCAAACCUUUUAAAUUAAUUAUAAAAAACAACCAAAGCACCAAACCAAUUACAAAAUAUUUAUUUAAAGGUUACAAUGAAUUAUAUAAUCAGCUUUUAUUAUAUCAAAAAGGAGAUACUAGCCUAAUUAAUUUAUUUUCCAAAUUAUUAUUAAACUUUCUCAAAUAUGUAGAUAGUAGUUUAAUAAAUCAAAAAAUUGAUAAUUAUUUAAUUAGCAAUAACAACAAUAAUAAAAUUUUCAAAUUAUUAUCAAUUUAUAUAUUUUCACAUUUAAAUUAUUUUGUUAAAAAAACUAAUUCAGAUAUUAAAGAUAUAAAAAAAAUUUAUGAAUCAGUUUUAAUAAAAAUUAAUAAUAGGGAACAUAUUAAAUCAAUCCAUUCGUUUUAUAAAAGAAUCAAUAACAAAAAUAAAUAUUAUUCAAUAAAUAGUGACAUUAGUGAUUAUUUAAAGUUUAUAGAUUACAGUGUUGAAAUAGAAAUAAGAAAAAAUAAUUUUUAUAAUUACCAGCUCCAAUAUUCAACAAAACCAAUUUUAAAAGAAAACAAUAAAAAUACAAAAACUAUAAACAACUGUUUUAAAAAUAUAAAAAACAAUAUCAACAAUAAUAAUACUUAUAAUAAUAAUAAAUACCCAUACAAUAGUGAGAAUCUCGUCAAAGUUUAUGACCAAGAGGUGUUCACUUAUAACUUUUAUUUAAAACCAGAUUUAUAUUGCAACAAAAACAUAUUCAAAAGUGAUUUUGGAAACAACCCAGAAGAAUUCAAAUAUAAAUGUAUUUAUUUAAAUGAAAAUAUAUUCUAUGAGCCACCUCAAAAUGGUAACUAUUCAAUCUCUCCAUCUUUAGAGUUGUUCAAGUUGUGUUUUAGUGUCUUUAGCAGCGGUUUAUUUAAAAACUUUGACUGGGGUGAAGAAUCGGAUGAAACUAGAGUAAUAAUUUCAGGUGGCUCUAUUUCUGCAUGUCUUGAUACGCUCCCAAUCUCAAUUAAAAAAGAAUUCGUCAAUUAUAAAACAAUCGAAAGAUAUUUAUACAAAUCAAAAAUGCCUGUGUUGUUAGUUAGAAAAUUUAUGGAAUUGGUUUUUGAAAGCUCCCUUUUAAAAGAAUUACUUUUCGAGAGAUUCUUUGGUAAAAGUUCACCUAACCAUGAAAGCGAUAUUGAUGUUUGGUUUAUUAGCCAAGAUUUAAAUAGUGCCAAAAAGAAACUUUUCCAAGCUAUUGAAAUUAUUAAAUCAAAUUUUAGAGAAGCCAACCCACUUUUUGAAAAUUCAUUUACAUUUGUUCGUUCGCCAAAUGCAAUAACAUUCAUCGGAACGUACCCAUUUAGAAAAAUUCAAUUUAUAAUCAAAAUAUACAAAUCUGUUGAUCAUUUAUUUUCCACAUUCGAUAUGGAUUGUGUCAAAGUGUUUUAUGAUGGGUCCAAUGUGUUUAUGAAUAAAGAAUCUAUAGAUUCAUACAAUAAAAGGUACAAUAUCGCUUAUGGUUUAUUUAUUAGACCCAAAGAAAAAAGAAUACUCCAAUAUCUACAGAGAGGUUUCAUUACAUUUAGCAAUUUAGAAAAAAUUGAAAAUGCUAGAUAUUGUAUAUCUGGAAUUGAUUAUUGCAUAUUAUCUUCUCAAGACUCUUUUCCUUUUUAUAUAAAAUCGCCAAAAGAAGGCCUUAAUUUUAAAGAAAUUGAAAGUUUAUUAACCGAUAAGUUUGGAAGAGAAAAAGUUUCAAAAGAUCAAUAUUAUUUAUUGGAAAACCCAAGUUCAAAUUCAGAAUUUUAUCAAGGAAUAUCAUUUAAGGAAAAAUUUAAAAUUUCCCCAAAAAUCUCAAUCGAAUGUAAAGUUUGUAGAAAACACCUUAGGGAUAAACAUAGAAAUAAGUACAAAAAAUUUUGUGCAUUUAAAGGAAAUAUAUGUUCAAUGCUUUAUAAAAUACCACCUAUUCAAACUUAUUAUCUUGGAAAUAUUUUACAAUUUAAAUAUUCACUUGUACUUGGUGGAAGAACAGGUUUAGGUUUUCGACUUGCUUUUAAUCUUUUAGAUCUAGGAUUUAGAGUAUUCGUAACAUCAAGAUUUCCCGAAAUUACAAAAAAAAAAUUUUCUCAAGAAGAAUUUACUUGCUAUUUACCUAGACUACAUAUUGUUAAAGUCGAUUUCAAUGAUACAGUUCAAACUGAAAACUUUAUCAAGUAUAUUAAAGCAACAAUUCCACAAUUAGAUUUUUUAUUCAAUACAAUCAAAUUUUCAAAUCAAAAUAUCAAUAAUAACUAUUCAUCAAUUUUUAAUCAAUUAAAAACACAAGAAGAAAGUUUAAAAAUAAAUAAUAAUAAUAAUAAUAAUAAUAAUGAUAAAAAUGAUAAUAAUUAUGAAAAUAAUCUUUGGGCUAAUCUUCAAAUCCAAAUAAUUAAUAUUAGUAAUAAAAAUAUUUAUAAUUAUGAUACCAAAAUUGAUAAACAAACAUUCACUACAUCAACAUCAACAUCAACUACCAACCAAAUUAUAAAUAAUUCAAUGGUGCUAACUAAUGAAUAUAUAAACUAUAUACAUUAUAAAUUACCAAAAUUAAUAAUUAGCCAAUUAAUUUCAAUAAUUGAAAAUCAAAAGUUAAUUAAUGAAUAUUUUUAUUAUUCACCAAAAACAAUCAGUCAUGAAAAAACUUUUGGUAAGUGUAGCAAUGAAAAUAUUUCAGGAACAGGUGUUAUUUUUAACAUUAAUUGGAAAGAAGGAGAUGAAAUUGAUAAAAUAAUAACUCUACACAAUAAUAACAUUAUUAAUAAUAUUUAUAAAAUAGUUCAUAAUUUAUUUUAUAAAUUUCAUUAUGGUAAUACAAAAAACUUAGAAAAAGAUGAUAUUCAUUAUCUAAAGUAUCUAGUCAGGGAUAAAGAUUUAAAAAAAUGCUAUAUCAAAAGAAAAGAAAACGAAUUUAUAUUAAAAAGAAAAGGGUCAAUUGAAAAUAUCUGUUUUGAGAUACUUAAACAAGUUUUUAAAAACUAUUUCACAUUCACAAAAAGCAUGUAA